UGUAUAUAGCGACUUGAAAGUCAUUGUACACACAUAAAUACAUGGAUCAGGACACCUUUCUUGUCCGCGCUCGUUGCGAUGGUAAUCCUUAUUUUAGAAAUAAUUGAGCCUAAUUGUUUGCUGGUUAUUCCCAGACUCCAUGAAGCCUGUACGCGGAGGCUUUGCUCUCAUUUGUCAUCGCCGAUUUUCCCGCUCUGUUGGUUACAAUCGUUGGCUCGUUCCGGCCCCUAGAACGGAAACAAAAGACCAGCAGCGCCUCAAUUUUUUCAUUUCCCGCGUCCGCUGGUUCCAUUUAUACUUAACCUUCAAACCAGCUAAAAGCUCCGGGAAGAAUCUUCUCUUCUUGAAAUAGCAAUCGGCCGAAUGGCUGCCCCGUACAUACUGGGACCCAAGUUGAUCGAGGCGGACGGAUGCGGGCGACUUUGUGCUGGCGUGCUCUGUAGGGGGUUGGUCUUUGGUUUGAAGACUCAUUUCGGGUUGCGGUUGAACUGUUACCUGUCCGCUCGUAUAUACGGGUGGGGAGGCCGUUGUACGGAGUAUUAUGCUAGGAAUCCAAGCGUAUUGGACGGGCGGAAGAGCGGGCGCAACGAUGGAAGAAGUUUUGGGAUGGUCAGGAACGUGCUUGAGGGCGUGUUGGGCUGGAUGGGGCUGCUGCAUCCAUCGCUGCUGGGCUUGUCUCUGAAGGCAGGAUGAGAUGAGAAAGCCUUGCAGCCGUGGUUUGGCCUCAUGGGGGAACAACUGCACGGCCGGGAGGCUGAGGUGUUGUCGUUGGCUCGAUCCCCACCGCGACAAACUCUUCCCGGUCCAGACACUCCAUGAUGGAUCGCCCGGGUUUGUUGGACAGCGAGGAACAUCGGUGCCGUUGAGCACAAAGUCACUCCACAAUGAAGCUUCUCCCUGCAGGCUUGUGGCCAGGUACUUCUCUCGCCGCCUCGUUUCUGUAUCUUCGAUGUACCCAUACCCAUUCCGUCCCGCUUUGGCAUGCUACCUGUCAGCCCUGGCUCUCAGACGGAAAGGAAAGGCUCAGAUCGUGUCUUGGCCGAGAGAGACGGUAAGGAAAAAGGCAAGAUUUGACGAUUUCGCACCAAAGUAUCCAUGAAACGCCAAACUAGCCUCUUUAGAAUGCACGUAUGCACGAAUCGUCCGACUGGGCGAGAGAAUCCCACCGACCCGCCGACCAAACGUUCCAGACGAUGGUGUAGUUUGACGCUGCGAGUUUUACCAUGCACGAUGACGGAUUCUGCCGGUUUGAUAAUCCUUCCACGCCGCUGCUGCAGUUGGAUUGGACCUGACCACAGAACGGGUAUCUUUCCCUUGAACGUGCGAGCCUCGUCUGGGGGCUUUUGUAUGGAUCUGUAUGGUGUUGAGCCGACGGGGUCGAGUGCAACGAAACCCCAGCCCGUCUCCCAGUAUCGUAUCCAUACCCGCACUCUUCCGUUACUCCGUGCACGCAUUCAUAUUAUA